AUGACUACCUCAAGCAGCGACUCGACCAUCUCCUUUGCACUCUAUAGAUAUACACCUUCAAUCGCGGCAGCAUCCAUAUUUGCAGUGAUUUUCCUAGCUCUUACGAUCGCUCACUGUAUUCGACUAUGGCGAUGCCGCGCCUAUUUCUUCAUUCCCUUCAUCAUCGGGCUGCUAUUUGAAUGCGCCGGUUACAUUGCUCGCAUCUUCUCGCACUUCAACACCUUAGCCCUCGGUCCAUACAUCGUACAGACCAUGCUGAUCCUAGUCGCGCCGCCUCUGUUCGCUGCAUCCAUAUAUAUGACCCUAGGGAGAGUCAUAGUCGCUCUAAACUCUCAACAACUCUCCAUCGUACCAGUCCGGUUCCUGACGAAGGUAUUCGUGAUUGGAGAUGUACUUUCGUUCCUUCUUCAAUGUGGGGGGGGUGGUUAUAUGGCUGCCGGAACGGUUGCGGCCAUGAACACCGGGGCCAACAUCGUCGUUGGCGGUCUUGUCGUUCAACUCCUCUUCUUCGGCUUCUUCGUCAUCGUAUCAGCUAUAUUCCACUGGCGCGUGAAGAGACAAAACUACUCAAGUAUUCAAGUUCCAUCUCCAUCCUUCAGCCGCAGCAAGAGCUGGGAAUCGAUCAUGUGGGCUCUGUACGCUGCUUGUUUCCUCAUUCUCGUACGCUCAAUAUUCCGCGUUGCCGAAUUCGUGGAGGGGAACGACGGCUAUAUUAUGAAAAGAGAGUAUCUCUUGUACAUUUUUGAUGCUUGUCUCAUGGCUCUGACUGGGAUUGUGUUGGCGGUUGUCUACCCUGGAAUGUCUCUGGGGCGUGAUGACGGCAAGCGAGAGAGUGGCCUACGGCUUACGUCUACUGAUGAGGAGAUGCAGGAUUCAACUCAUAUCGGUCAUACAACUCGCAACGCGAACAACUCGCACUUGCGCCCUAAGCAACGCAUCAGCCAUACCAAGUCCCGCAAUGGUUGCUACAUGUGCAAGCAACGUCGCGUCAAGUGUGAUGAGGUACGGCCAACGUGUAAUGCGUGUGUCGUUCGGGGCAACGAUUGCGUCUACCCUAGCCCUAGAGGCGCGCUGGAUCAGAGACGAAGGCAGCGGUCCGUCUCUCGAGGACAAUCAUCCGAGAGCAGUCACAAUGACAGACGGAGUGUACCGUUUCGCCCAUUGAAUUUCAAUCUAUCAGUUCCGGAGGAACCACAAAAUGUCGGAUCUGGUCUGAACAUGAGUGAUCUCAACCUACUCCAACACUUUAUCCUGCACACCUCCAAAAAUAUGACUCUUCACAAAAUCAAGACGGUGGUCUGGGAGCGCGUUUUUCUUGAUUUGGCUGCUACCAACGAGUUCCUGAUGCACCUUAUCCUGGCCCUAGCUGGCGCGGAUAUACUAAUAACUGAAGGAUCUCCGAUAUCCUGGCGCCCUUCGCUUCAUCUGAUCAUGGAACAUCAUCAACAAGGUCUCGCCGGGCUACAGCAAGCGCUUUGUGCUACCGCCGAGCCCAAUGAAGAAGCGCUACUGGCGGGGUCUAUGCUAGUGACAGGUUUCGCAUUUGCAUCCCUCGGAAUCAAAGACCUAGAUCCGUCAACCGAACCGACCUUGCAGAAUCUCACUACCCAUGGCGGCUCAUCAAUCCCGCUUCAGAUACAAUGGCUCCAUCUUGUUCGUGGCACUACGUCUAUUGUCGGUCAAUUCUGGUCGACUUUGAGACGAUGCCGGCUCAGAGCACUUUUCUUCUUCAACAAUGCCAACGACGAUUGGAAGCUUUGCGAGAGUGAAUUGCGCUCUGGCCUGGCAGCAGUCGACCAGAAUAUCAAAUCGAAGAGGCUUCGGAAAUUUGCCUCGGGCGCCAAUCGCGCCUUGUCAGAUUUACGAGAGAUAUGCGUAGCCCUACGUGAUUCUGAACCCCUUCAGGACGGCAGUGACGACUCGCCAUUAACCGACACCCCCCGGUCCGAACACGGCGGCAAGACAUCCCUCCAUGCAUGCGAACAAGCCAUUGACGUAGCCGAAUACAUAUAUAUGCGCAUCCUCUACACUCUCAAAAUGGAACCCCUCAAUUCUGCAUCCCCAAUGGAUCUCGAAAUCCAAACCGACCUCGAAGACGCCGCAAUCUUCGCAUGGCCUCACGAUCUACCCGAAGCCUUCAUCUGGAUCUUGGACUCCGCGCAACAUCAAGGCAAUGUCGACGCGCUGCUGCUCGGUGUGAGUCUGACGAUCCUUGCGCAUCUAUACGUGACCAUAGCUGUUUUAGAAGAUGUUUGGUAUCUUGGAAAGACGUGCGAUGCUGAGAUUCGAAAAAUUGAUGGAUUGGUUCGUGGAUUGGGGGGCGAAAGACUUGUUCGUGUAAUGGAGUGGCCGGUUGAUAUUAUAGAGCAAUAA